AUGGUCCCGCUUGAAGGCGGAGGGCUGGCGGCUGCGCCGCUGCGGCGGGUGUCGGUCGCGGGCAGGGGCCCCCCCUUGCCUGGCCGGGCGCACACCCCGCAGCGCUCCCCCGGGCCCGAGGCAAGGGCCCCGCUCGGGGACGAGGGGCUGGCGGCCGCGCCGCUACCGCCGCUGGCGGAGGGCAGCAGCACCCACUGCUCGCCGAGCGUGGCUCGCAGCAGGCGGCGCGUCGAGGGGUCGCAGGCCAUCCUGCGCAUCUUGGAGUCCCUUGCGCAGCUGCAACCAUCAGAGGCGGGCUGUGGUGCGCCCUCGCCCAGCCGGGCCUGCACCCCGCAGCGCGCCCAGGGGCCCGAGGCGGGCCCCCCGCCCGGGGGCGAGGCGCGGAGGGCCACGCCGCCGCUGCGGCCGGCGGCACGGACCAGCAGCGCCCAAUCGCCGCCCCCGGCGGCAGCCAGCGGCGUCCCGCCAGAGGCGUGGCGGCACCACGUCGCCGGCGUGGCCGACGCCGCGGCGGCACGCUCGGCGGGCACGGACGGCGGGGCCGCGGCCACGCAGAGGCGCAGGUACGUGGGCACGGUGGCCGGGUCUUCGCUGCGGCCGCGGAUGCUCUCAGCGCCGAGCCCCCCGCGGCCUGAGGCGCUUGCAGAGCUUGCCAUGCUGCCCGCUGUCGAGCGGGUCGACCGCGUCGUGGAGGUGGCCUCCACUGCCAACCUGGGCGACCGCGUCGCCGCCCACGUCGCCCGGGCCCAGGCCCGUCUGCGGCAGUGGGAGGGCUCUCCUGCGGUUGCAGAAGAAGUUCUGCAGCCGCGUAUCUCGACUGCCGACAUUGCAGCGCCUGCUGCCACCUCGAUCGCAGCGAACCCCGCCGUGGAGCUGGUGAGGGAGGUGGCGGUGCCGGAGGUGCAAGUCGUCGAGAAGCCCGUGAAGAAGCCGGUGGUACAGCCAGUCGAGCGGGUCGUCGACGUGCCGCAGGUGAGGUUUGAGGAGUGCCUGGUGGAGCAGCUUCGGCCCGAGGUGCACGAGAUCGUGCGGCACGUGCCAGGCCCCAAGGAGGUGAGGUACAUUGACCGGCACGUGCCGAGGCACGUUGUCAAGUACGUCGAGCGGGUCAUCGACGUGCCGCAGGUCGUGUACGAGGAGCGACUGGUCGAGGUGCCUCAGGUGAUCGAGCAGGAGAUAGUGAAGCAGGUGCCCAGGCCCUGCGUGGAGUGGGUCGACCGCCACGUCCCCAAGCGCGUGGUCGAGUACGUAGAGAAGGUCGUGCAUGUGCCCGAGCCCAUCCUCCAGGAGACGCCAGUGGAGGUGCCGCAGGUAGUUACCGUGGAAGCCGUCACGGUCAGCCCGGUGCCCCAGGUGACGGCGGUGCCGAAGGAGCUGCCGAGAUACCACCUGAGCGUCCAGGAGACCAUCCAGGAGGUGCCCGUUCUGCUGCGCGGCGAGCGCUCCCCCGCGGACGUGCCGGCAGCUGUGUGGCCCUCGGCGGCGCCGCGCGUGGGAGCUCCUCCGCCGUCGCCGCGGCCCCUGGCGGCCUUCCCGCCGCCGUUCUCCCCGCAG